AUCUAUAGACCUCAACUAAUGUGUGGGUCCUGCUUCAUACACAUCUCUUGUUGUUACGCUUGGGGCUGUGUCAAAAUCAAAUAGUAAGGAUUCAUUUAAAUUCAUACUGUGAAUCUAAAAUGAAAAAAAUUCUGGAAAACGGCGUCACAAAAAACAAAACAAACAGAGACCCUACUGUCUGGCUUCAUGUCCCGCCCGCCAUCACGUUCUCUGCUCCGAUUGGACGAAUCUUCGGACGUCGCCCCACCUCGUUGGUCCGCCGACAUGCCACUCAAACCCAACACGGAAGUGCACGAGGAAUCGGCAGACAAAAACAAAAGAUAGCAGUGCCACUAAGGGAUUAAAAACACCAUUGCGGAUGCUGAGGGUUGCUCACAAGAAAAAUGUCAACUAAGGAUGGAGGAGUAGGAAAAAAUGGUCAAGCUGUGGCCAUGUCGCCUGAAAGAAUGGCCACCGACAAAAGCAGAGAGAACCAGAACCAGCGUGAAGUCGAGGCGACGGGAAGCUCAGCGGACACCAGCAACACGGCAACAAACCUGGCUUUGCUUAAAGCGCACUCUCUGGACGUGAAGUUCGACGUCGGAGAGGAGUAUGAUGUCAUCGAAACCAUCGGCACAGGCGCCUACGGAGUUGUUUCAUCUGCCAGGAGAAGGGACAACGGCCAGCAGGUGGCGAUAAAGAAGAUCUUCAAUGCUUUUGAGGUGGUGACGAAUGCCAAACGCACACUGCGGGAGCUGAAGAUUCUCAAGCACUUCAAACACGACAACAUCAUCGCCAUCAAAGACAUCCUGCAGCCGAACCUUCCUCACUCGGCCUUCAAGUCUGUGUACGUGGUGCUGGACCUCAUGGAGAGCGACCUGCACCAGAUCAUCCACUCCUCCCAGACGCUCACCUCGGAGCACACGCGCUACUUCCUGUACCAGCUGCUCCGCGGCCUCAAGUACGUGCACUCCGCCAACGUGAUCCACCGCGACCUCAAACCCGCCAAUCUGUUGGUGAACGAGAACUGCGAGCUCAAAAUCGGUGACUUCGGCAUGGCGAGGGGACUCAGCCUCCACCCGGAGGAGUCCCAUUCCUUCAUGACGGAGUACGUGGCGACGCGAUGGUACCGCGCUCCAGAGCUCCUGCUGUCUCUGAACCACUACAGCCUGGCCAUCGACUUGUGGUCCGUGGGCUGCAUCUUUGCGGAAAUGUUGGGGCGCAAGCAGCUUUUCCCCGGGAAGCACUACGUCCACCAGCUCACGCUCAUUCUGGGCGUGUUGGGCACGCCCCCCGAGAGGUUGAUCAGCACGAUAAGAGCGGACCGCGUGCGCGCCUACGUCCAGAGUCUCCCGUCGCGGUCCGCCGUGCCGUUGGCCAAACUGUUCCCACAGGCGGAGGCGGAGGCUCUGGACCUGCUGGUCGCCAUGUUGCUCUUCGACCCGCGCGAGAGGAUCACCGUGACGCAGGCGCUGGAGCACCCCUACCUGUCCAAGUACCACGACCGGGACGACGAGCCCGUCUGCGUGCCCGCUUUCGACUUUGAAUUCGACAAGCUGCCGAUAAACAAGGAGCAAAUCAAAGAGGCGAUUUUGAUGGAGAUCCAGGACUUUCACCAGAACAAACAGGGCUGCCGGCAAAGGCUGCGGUUCCAGCCGUUGCCGAGGGCGAGCGGCGCUCGGCCCUCGGUCGUCGGCUUCGGCAAACCCGAACCGGCUCCUCUGGCGCGAGCGGCACAGAUGCAGCAGCAAAUGAGAGAAGUGGAAUCUGGACAGCAGCGACCGGAUUACGCGCCGGCAGAAGGGAAUCUCACUUUCACAAACCAGAUGCAGAGCUUCCAUAAGCCGGCGUCCCUUCGAGCGGCCGCCCCGCCUCACGGGACCCAUCAUCUGCCUCUUCUUUCGAAAAGCGAAAGCGGCCCGGUCGACGUGGACAUGCCGAGCGCCAACUCGGACAGCGGUCAGCCGGAGACGAUCGACUUGACGACGCCGGUGUCCAGUCAGGACGCUCCGUUGGAAACCAUGCGAGAAGGAGAGGUGCAGGAGCAGCUGAGUCGGAGUCGGGCUCCUCUGAGGCGGCCCGGGACCCAGGCUCCCAGCUCUGUUCCUGGGACACCAGCACAGACCACGGCGCCCCUCCCCACCGCCGGGCCGGGCCUGCGUCUCUCUGUGGCUCAGGCCCAGUCUCUGUCUCAGUCCCUUUCACAGUCACUGGCCAAGAGCGCCAGGCUGCCCCCCGGUGCCGGGGAGGCAACCCGGAAAGAAGGAGCUAUUUCAGAGGACACUAAAGCUGCACUUAAAGCAGCGCUGUUGAAAUCAGCUCUUAGAAAUAAAGCCAGGGGGGAAUCGCGUCUUGUCGUUGCAGACGGGGGUACGUCUACGCCGGGCGUCGACGCCGGAGCGGGAGGCGGCGCGUCGUCUUCCGUCGCGGAUUCACGUCGGCCCGUCACGGCGCAGGAGCGCCAACGAGAACGAGAGGAGAAGAGGAGGAAGAGGCAGGAGCGAGCGAGAGAGAGGGAGAGGAAGGUGAAGGAAAAGGAGAGAAGAGAGGGCAGGCAGGGGGACUCGCUGGGCGGGGUCCUGCUGAGCGACGACGACAAGAGCCUUUUGCAACGCUGGACGAAGAUGAUGGACGGGCGGAACGACGGAACUCCCGAGAACGACGGAGCGAAGAAUCGGGAUUGCGGCGUGAAGUCGCACCGCGGGGUCGCGGCCGGCGACAACGCCCGAGGAGCGCCGAGCAACAACGCGGGCGAGGAGGCCGGGGCCCACGACGGGUUAAUCUCUCGAGUUAAACCCAACCGGCAGGGCGUGUUCCGGCCUCCCGGCGCCCAGCAGCCGGCGUCUCUUUUCUCCAUGAGCCGGAGGAAAGCUGCCGUGGACACGGUCGUCGCCGCGAGCGGAGGGAUGGACGUCACGACCGCGGCGAGCGGCUUCGUCGUGAAGAACGACGCGCUCGAACCUCAGGGCGAGAGCAACGGGCAACGCGGUUUCAACUGUCUGGGGAACUGGAACGGGCAUCAAAUAGAGACGAGGCCGCCGCCGCCGCCGCAACUACCACAGCCAAACAGGAAGCCGCCGCCGCCGCCGAGCUUCCUUCAGCUCCAGCCUCAGAGUCAAACCCAGCCGGAGCCCCGCCCUCUUCCUCUGGAGGGCUUCUUGAGUAAAGCUCCCACCUUAACCUCCGGAGAGACAAACGGGAAUAUCGGACGCCACCACAACCCCCCGACUGCAGCCGAGAAGCUGUGUCCGUCCCUCGGAGAGAAGUCGGGGCCGCAGAGCACGCCGCCGCUCUGCGGGCCCUUGGGGGUCCCCUCACCGCGGGAUCCCAGUUUGGGAUUCACCGACACCGGGCGGCACGGGCCCCCAGGCGCCCCGGACAUCCACACAGUCACACUGCAACUCUCAAAGUCACAGGUUGAGGACGUUUUACCCCCGGUGUUCUCGGUCACCCCUAAAGGCAGUGGGGCUGGCUACGGCGUGGGCUUUGACCUCGAUGACCUUCUCAACCAGUCGCUCACAGACCUGCAACACUGUGACCGGGACAGUUACGACUCGGCGCCGCUCUCAGCCUCCCUGUUAUCCGAUUGGAGCGAGGUUCACCGCAUGACUCCAGCUGAUCUGGAGUCGCUGCAGCAGGAGUUGCAACUCGGCUCUCCCAUGAUCCUCUCUGAUAACAUUCCCCCUGAUGCCUGACCUUCCCUGCCUGGAAUUGACAGCUCUUGGGAGUUUUGUAAAUUUUCACUUUUUUUUUUUUGCAUGAAUAUCUUGAGGGAAGACUCAUCAAAUUUAUUUAAACACCAGCCGUCUUUUUUACCGUUAUGACAUGCUGCGCUUUCUUUAUAAUAAAGAAACAACUGUGUCGUCA